CAGGCUGCAGAUGCAAACCUCAUAGAAAGACAUUUGAGGGCAAAUAUUCCUGCUAUGUUAGACUAAUAAACCUAGCCAGAAAGUUAUUUUGGUAUCGUGAAACUCAGUCACUUAAAGGACUAGCAGCUAAUAAACCAUUGAUUAACUGAGCCGAAAUAAUAUGAAAGAACUCCUGUAGGUGGCCCACUGUUCCUCUGUUGUGACCAUGGAGACUAAAGCAAAUGGUUCUCUGGACAUUAAAAGCACGGUGGAGAAUGGUGAGCUUCCAGAUCCUGCCCAGUGGGCGGUCGUUGAUGUUGUCAAUUACUUCAAAGCCACUGGGUUUGAGGAGCAAGCAAACGCUUUCCAGGAUCAGGAGAUUGAUGGCAAGUCCCUUUUACUGAUGACUCGCAAUGACGUCCUGACGGGUCUGUCGAUAAAGCUGGGACCAGCACUGAAGAUCUACGAGUACCAUGUUAAACCCCUGCAGACUCAGCAUCUUAAGACCAAUGUGUCGUAGCACCAUGAACAAGUACCCUCUGAGGACAAGACAAUCACGUGACCGUAUGGAUACUACAGGGUUCUACUUUUGAUGAGAGAGGAUACUUCCACUUUUUAAUCAUCAUGUGGGGGGUGGGGGGACACGGACAUUGUGAGAGGAAAGGGUGAAACUUCAUUGGACUACUGGAUGUUUUGAAAGGGGCAUAUCAGUAUUUGUUGUACUGCUUAUACCUUCUUGUUGUUGGGUCAUUAGAAAUAAUGUAAAUAUUGACUUGUUUAUUUUUAACUUAUGAUAGUUGCGUAGUGUGCAUGCUUGUGUGUGUGGGAGAGAGAGACUGAGUGUGUGUGUGUGUGUCUGAGCUAUGUGUAGAUAUGUUUUUCCCUCAUGUGGAACCCAGAAGUCAACACUACAUUGCACGUUGUAGUGUACUGAUUUAUUGCGUGCAGUUCUCCCAAACUGGAUGAUCUGAAAGGUGAAUCUCUUAAUUUCAUUUGUAAAUACCAGGGAUGUUGGGAUUUGCUGUUUAUUUAACUUUUUAUAAAGAUGUGUGCAGUUUUGUAUAAUAGUAUAGUGAAAGCCAUAGCCCCUAAGAAUCAUUAAUAAUGUAUGAAAUCUGAUCAAAUCAGUGGUGCUAAUUUAUCUCAGAAGAGUACUUUACAUGGUGACUAUUGUUUUGAGAUCAUUGUAUCUGCUAGUUAUAAUUUAUUUUUUAUCUUUUAAUUGAUGGCAAGUCAAAUCAUUUUAAAUGUAUAUCCAAAAUUGGAUAACCCAGAUAUUCAUGAAAUGUGUGACAGAUCAUGUUAAAUAAUGUUUGUAUAUUUUCGUUUUCAUCAGGUAAUAUAUGUCCAUGGCGUCCUUGGUGUAGUUGAUAAUGAGUUGUUGGAUGUGUGAAUCUUUUCAGUUGGCUGCUGUAUUGAAAACUGUGCUUGGUUUUCCCUCAAGUAAUCAUUUGUUUUGACAUGACUACAAUUGUAUAGAUUUUGCGGCUGUUGACAAAUGCACAAUAACUAUAAAAGAGAUUUAUCUGACAUGA